CUGUGGCUGUAGUUAAAAGAUGAACAGAACAGACACACAGAGAGGUUAAGGAUCUGUCCAAAUCUGCUCCUUCAGGCUGUCAUAUUGGUCUGCUAGACAGCUAGUUAGCUGUGUCCAUCUAACAAUCCAGGUCUAUAGUUACUUUUGACUUGACCCCUUGUAGUUGACUUUCGAGUGGUGGUAUUAUAUAAUUUUCAUUACAAGUUCCCAUAUACUUGUAAAGAUUUAUUUGAUGGAACACUAUCAAUUCUGGGUCAAGCCUUAAAUAUCUUAGUGAAUGUCAUGCACUGCAGGCAGUAGUUUACUGCAGGAACCUGUCCCGUAACUAGUUACAUGUAGUGGAUGUAAGAGGAGGUUGAUACUAGGAAGGCAGAAGAAAGACUAAUUUGAUUUUAUGUCAAGAACCCAAGUGUAAUGGCAGCAAUCACAGGAAUUGUUGAAUGAUCACAUGUGAUGCCAUAAACUUUGGAACAUAAAACACUAAUGCCUGAUAAAAUAGUGUAAGGCAGAAGCUAAAUUAUUAAUUUCAGAUGAUACAAUUAUUAAUACCUGAGUUAAGACUACUAACAGCUAAGAUUUGUGAAUGAUACUAGCAUAAAAGAUAUUAGCGCAAAAUGGCACUUGCAAGCUGUGUAUUGCUAUGUAGUUUAUAAAUCGAAGUACUAGGUUUGUGUGUUGAUAGCAGAAUAAUUUUUAAAUGGGUGGAAAGAAGAUGAUAUGAACCUGAGAACUGCCACCCGGAACUUAAAAUUAUGCCAACUGUUCCUUACCUGUUCACUUCCUAACUUUCAGAAUGAAUGUAGUUACACUAUAAUCAACAGCUUAUGGAUGUUUUCAGUGGAGACUCAGUUACUGUCCCCAGUAAUUGCAUGGUACGUCCAAAGGUAGAGGAGACCUUUCAGUUCAAGCCAUUAUCAUUUGGAUACACUUUCUGCACAGGAUCAUAUGAUUCCUGUAAAUUCAUCAUACUCUUUGCUGCAAGCAUGGAGGUGUUACAGAUGCACCUCUAGUAACCCUGAAAUUUUAGUCUAUGAAUCCUAUAAUGUAGACUGCACAACAAAUUGAUUUUACAACUCAGUCUGUAAGGACUUAAAAAUCUCUGUGUAUUAUUACUUGCAUUAAAUGCCAAGAAAUCACUAUGAACAGAGAUGGCAUUUAUUGCAUCAGGAGCCAUCAGCGAUUGGUGAAGGGCUAGGACCCCAUCUCCUCUUAACUAGCUCAGCUCAAGCCUCAGAAUUAUUCCACCUUCCUGCAUGGCUUUCACAAUGAACCAGCUAAUAUGAAGAAGAUUUCUGAUAUGAUCACUCACCCAGACUCUUGAUACAGACACUGCCUCUCAGACUGAAAGAGAAAUCCUCACCGGCUCCUUCCUGCUUCCAGGAGGGGCUCAGUGUGAAGGGCGUGGCAGACAGUCCAUGUGUGGGAGGGGGGCAGCCAGACACUGUGAUACAGCUUUGUGAUCCUGUGAGGUCACCUCCCUCACAACUGCAAUUAUUUCAUUUGUAGCCACACUGGGAAUACAGUCUUGGGAGCUGAAGAUGUUUCUCAAAAAUUUCCCCAGUUGUUAAUUACAAAAAAUGGUUAUGAGUUUCUAGUUAGAACUGUAUAAGGAGACUGAGUAUUUGUGAGAAGACUUUUUCCCACUUGAUCCCUGUAGGUAGACAGCAUCUCCUAUGAAGGACAUCAGGAAAUACUGAGUACUGACAUGUGAGGGAUUAGUGGGGAAGGAUGUGUAUCUCCCUGGGUUCUUCACUUCCCAGGGAAGUUCCUCUACCCAGAAACUAGUACUUUCCUGAUCUUCAGACCACUGAACUGAACCAUCAAUUAAGGUUAUUUGUACAGAAAAAAAAAUGACACAAAAAUACCUGGGAAGAACAUGCAGGGAUACAAGUAAAAGGAAGUCCAUGAUGUAAAUAAAUUAUUGAAGUCACUUCACAAUCGAAGUUAAUGAAUUUGGACUUGUUUGAAUAAUUCAGUGCCAAUUCAUAUGAAAAUUAUGUAGGAAAAUGUGCUUUACCCACUACCUCACUCCCACUACCCUCGCUGGCCCCGACUGCCUGUGCCUCUUUCACCUCUUUCACAGUCUCCUCCAGGUUUCCUCUCCCAACAAACUGUAUCUGGCUUGUAUCGCACUGUCUUCCUCCAAGGCCCAACUGCCCCACAUAUAAAUAACCUCCUUGCUCCUCUCCCACCAUGAUUUUAACCCCUUCGAGACAUUGUCCCAUGCGAAUUCCACCAACUGCAGACCACUAAGAACUUCGGUACAAAGUGCCCAUCCAAUCACGUGGUGAAAUCUAAUCCCCAGUGUGAUGGCGUUUGGAUAUGGGGCUUUGGGAGAUGCAUAAAUCAUGAGGAUGAGCUCUCCUGAAUAAGAACAUCGACCUUGUAAAAAUGACUCCACAGAGCUCACUAGCCCCUUCCACCAGGAGAGUACACAGCUAUAGGAUGGCCAUCUAUGAGCCAGAAGUGGGUGGGCACGGGAAAUGGUAGUUCUUAAAAUCUCUCAGGUGACGGUAACAGAAGCUAGCGUCGAGGACCAGUUAACCAAACGCCUCUCAAAGUGUUAUGUGUACGUGAAUCUGCAUUUCUGUUGAAACAGAGUCUACAAGAGAACCCUCCUCUAAGAGAUUGAGAUACAGCUGCGGUCCGGCCGAUGAAUUAGCAUUUUCAACAGAGUCUCUGGUGGUGCUGCUGCUUCUCUCCCCAGAACUCUGUUUCCACCGCAUCCCCCACCCAAUCCCCCUUUCGGUAGCACUAGAGAGAGCAAGCAGAGCGCACCUGACCCUCUUACUCGCUAACGUCCCAUCUCAACACAGAUGCUGUGGGUUCCUCACAUGUAGCAAAUGAAGAGGAAGGAACAGAACCAGCACAGGUGAUUCCCGUGGGGACGGAGGGGCUGCUAGAGGGAAAGUCUGAGGACCCUCCAGGGAAGCCUGAGCGCGCAGUUGCACGUGGCAGGUCCUAGGAGGGGGUUGGCCUUCUUGGGCGGCCUCUGCGCAGGCGCGAGCUCGGGGAUGGGCGUGUGGGCGUGGCUACGGCCUCGUUGCGCCUGCGCACAUGUCCGGCAGGGUCAGGUGACCGUUGAGCUCCCGCAGACGCCCUUGGUUCUUCCAGAUAUUCUUGCUGGAUUCUGAUUCCAUGUAUUUCCUCAAUUCUCAAAUAAUGAUGCAGCUUAGAAGACAGAAGACUAAGAAUGGCCUAGAUUUUUGGUGGAAGAACUUCUGAGGGAAUCGGGGACGCCUGUGAGACACACACACUCGCUGCCAGUCCCUUAGUUGUCUGACAUCAGUAUUUCCUGCUCCUUCCCUGUGAGCCCCUCUCUGCCAUCAGGGAUCGUGAAAAAGCUGGCAGGGUGUGUCCGUUGGCACCAGCUGCUCCUUCUGUGUCUCCAACCAUCACAAGCACCCCCAGGACCUCCAGGCUAACCACGUCAUCUUUCGUGCUGACUUUUCAGUGAAAUAUACCAGACAUCUAUUAUUCCCAUCUCAUGAAGUCUUGGCAAUCAAACAGAAGCACAUAAUGAAAGUCACUUUUGGUGUCAGAAAUCUUCAGUGAGCCUUUUUGCUCAGAAGAAUGAUUGUUGCCAUAAUUUAAAAGUAAGGGUGUUGAAUGACAGAAUGUCCUACAGGGAUUUGAUAGUAGGAAUAAUCUUCUUGUCACAGACCAUAGUUGGAAUUGUGGAAAAUUUCUCUCUUCUUUACCAUUAUCUGUUCCUUUACCACACUGAAUGCAGGGUGAGGUCCACCCAUUUGAUUCUCAGGCACCUCACUAUAGCCAACUCCUUGGUCAUUCUCUCUAAAGGAGUCCCCCACACUAUGGCAUCUUUUGGGUUGAAACAUUUUUUCAAUGAGUUUGGAUGCAAACUUCUUUUCUGUGUUCAGAGGGUGGGCAGGGGAAUGUCCAUUGGCAGCAUCUGCCUCUUGACUGUAUUCCAGACCAUUAUGAUCAGCCCCAUGAACUCCUGUUGGAAGGAGUUUAAAGUCAAAGCCCCAAAGUACAUUGGCUUCUCCAUUUCCCUCUGUUGGAUCCAGUUCAUGUUUGUAAAUUUAGUUUUUCCUCUGUUAUAUGUGUUUAGCAACCGGAGCAUGAAAAACUUCACAAAGAAAGGAGAUUUGGGCUACUGUCUUGCUGUAGAUCACGAGACAAUCACAGUUUCCGUAUAUGCAGUGUUGAUAGUAUUUCCUGAGGUUUCCUUGUGUGGUCUCACAAUCGGGGCCAGCAGCUCCAUGGUCUUCUACCUGCACAGACACAAGCAGCGGGUCCAGUACAUUCACAGCACUAAUGUCGCCCCCAGAUCCUCUGCUGAGUCCAGAGCCACCCAGAGCAUCCUCGUCCUCGUGAGCACCUUUGUGUCUUUCUACUUCCUCUCCUCCGUCUUUCAUGUUUGUGUUGCUCUUCUUUGUAAUCGCAGCUGGUGGCUGGUGAACACCGCUGCCAUGAUUUCUGUGUGUUUUCCAACUGUCUGCCCCUUUCUGCUUAUGGGCCAGAACUCUGCUAUAUCCAGACUCUGCUUCGCAUGGAUAACAAAUAUAACAUUUCCUAAUCUUAUCAGAAAUAUGUGAAGUGAAUGUUUUUCGCACCAUAUUUAGUUCUUGAUGCAUCACCAUCAAAAACUGAGUUCAGGAAGUAAAGGAGAAAUGCCAUGUCUUUCUACAUUACACACUAGUGCGCACUGGGCUUUCUUCAGCUGGUUGAACGAGGAACCUGCAUUUCUGUAGCGGAGGUGAAUAAAGCAGCUUGACCUCAUAAACUUAAUCAAAUGGUGUUUACACAAAAUUUAAUAGACUGGGUCCUAGCUCCUGUGUCAGAUUCAUAGAGUGGUUGACCAACUGGUUUACAUGGGGAAAUGUUUUGCCUGGCCAUAUGUUUUACAUGUCCAUACUAUUGCCUUCUCCAGAAUAUCGUGUAGUUUAAACAAUGCAAUAUGUAGCCUUUGCAGAUUGGAUUCUUUCAUUUGGCAAGGUGCUUUUAAGGUUCUCCCAUGUCUUUUCCUGGCUUGAUAGUUCAUUUAUUUUUAGUGAUGAAUAAUGUGCCAUUGUCUAGAUAUAUCACAGCUUUUUUUUUUUUUUAACCAUUCACCUACUUGGUUACUUCCAAGUUUGGACAGUUAAGCAGAAGUUCUGUAAACAUUCAUGUGCCGGGUUUUACAUGGAAAUAAGUUUUCAGCUCAUUUGUAUAAAUACCAAGGAAUGUGAUUGCUAGAAUGUGAUAAGAGUAUGUUUAGUUUUGUAAGAAAACAUUAAAUUGCCUUCCAAAGUGGCUAUAAUCUUCCCACAAGCAGUGAAUGAUGGUAUUUGUUGUUCAGCAUCGUUACUAGCAUCCCCUGGUGUCAAGGUUUUGGAUUUUGGCCAUUGUAUUAGAUGUGUGGUGGUAACUCAUUGUUUUUCUUUUCAGUUGUCUAAUGACAUAAGAUGCGGAGCGUAUUUUCAUGUGCUUCAUUUUCCAUCCAGUGUAUCUUCUUUGAUGAGGGUGUUUAUUGUUGUCUUUUUCCCAUUUUUAAAUGAUGUUUUUUGCAUUCUUAUUGGGCUUUGAGAGUGUUCUUUGUGUAUUCCAAUACCAGACCUUUUAGAAAUGUGCUUUGCAAAUACUUUACCCCAGUCUGUGGCUUUUUUCUCAUUCUCUUGACCGUGUUUUUUUGCACGACAGAAGUUAUUAAUUUUAACGAAAUCCAAAUUAUUAUUACCUCCGUGGAUUGUGCCUUUGGUGUUGUAUCAAAAAAGUGAUGAAACCUAGGUCCUCUAGAUUUUUUCCUGUGUCAUCUUCUAAGAAUUUUAUAGUUACACAUUUCACAUUUACAUCUAUGAUUAAUUAUGAGUUGAAUUUUGUGAAAGGAAUAAGGUUUGUGUCUAGGUGAAUUUUUUUUUUUUUUUGUACAUUGAUGUCCAUUUGCUCCAGCACAUCUGUUGAAAAGACUACCUUUUCUCCAUUGUAUUGCUUUUGCUUCUUUGUCAAAGAUCAGUUGACCAUAUUUGUAUGGGUCCAUUUUUGAGCUCUCCAUUAUGUUCCUUUGAUCUCUUUGUGUGUCUUGAUUACUGUAUAUUUUUUAAAAAAUUUAAUGUUUGUUUAUUUUUUGAGAGAGACAGAGCACAAGCCGGGGUAGGGGCAGAGAGGCGGGGAGACACAGAAUCCAAAGCAGGCUCCAGGCUCUGAGCUGUCAACACAGAGCCGGAUGCAGGGCUCAGACUCCUGAACUGUGAGAUCAUGACCUGAGCCAAAGUUGAGUGCUUAACGGUCUGAGCCACCCAGGCGCCCCAUUGAUUACUGUAUAUUUAUAGUAAGCCUUGAAAUCAAGUAAUAUUAGUCCUCUGACUUUGUUCAGCUCCUUCAAUAUUUUGUUUCCUACUGUGUGUCUUUUGACUAUCAAUAUAAACUUUAGAAUCAAUUUGUUGAUACUCACCAAAUAACUUGCUAUUCAGUUUGGGAUUGCAUUGAAUCUGUAAGUCAAGUUGGGAAGAAUGACACUUUGACCCUAUUGAGUCUUUCUGUCCGUGUACAUGAAAUCUCUCUCCGUUUAUUUAGUUCUUUGAUUUUGUUUAUCAGCUACCUAGCUUUCUUCCUGUAGAUCCUGUACAUACUAUGUUAGACUUAUACCUGAGUAUAACUUCCUUUUCUGGUAGUGUAAAGUUACUGUGUUUUUAAAUGCAAAUUCCACUUGUUCAUUGCUGACUUGUGUACUGUCUUAGUCUGAACUGUUAUAACAAAGCAACAUAGACCAGUGGUACAUAAGCAACAGAUGCUUCUCACUGUUCUAGAGGCUGGGAAGCCCAAGAUCACUGUGAUGGCUAAUUAGGUGUCUAAGUGAGGGCCCUAUUCUUGGCUGCAAAAGACUGUUUUCUUGUUGGAUUCUCAUAUUGUGGAGAUUUAGAGCUCUCUGAGGUCCCUUGUAUAAGGUCACUAAUCUCCUUCAUGAGGGUUCCCCUCUAACACAGUCAUUGACUUCCCAGGGGCACCACCUCCACAUACCAUGCCUGUGGGUUAGAAUUGCACCAUAUGGGAUUUAGGUGGAUAACACAGCACAUUGUAUUAACCUUGUGUCCUUCAGUCUUGCUAUAAUCAUUUCUUAGUUCCAAAAGUUUUUUCUUUUUGACUCCGUGGAGUUUCUACAUAGACCGUGUGAUCUGCAAAUAAGACAGUUUUAUUUCUUGCUUCAUAAUGUCUGUCCUACUUCUUUUUCUUACUGCACUAUCUAGGACUUCCAGUACAGUGCUGAACAAGAAUGGUGAGAAGAGACAUCCUUGCCACUGAAUUGUACAUUUUAAGAGUGGGUUUCAUGGGGGUGCCUGGGUGGCUCAGUCGGUUAAGCAUCCAACUCUUGAUUUGAGCUCAAAUCAUGAUCUCAUGAUUGUGAGAUCAAG